AUGUCGCGCUCCAUCCCCAUCUGGGCGCCCCACUCGCGCCUCCCCUUGAAAGCCCCCGAAGUUGGACCGACGCCCGCGAGAGUUUGUUCCCGCGGGCGCAGCGCCCCGGGCCUGGCGCUGUGCGGUUUCGGGCGCCUCCACCCUCUCUGGGCCCUCGGGAACCCCGCUUGGCAGCGUGCGGAGAGGAUCUGGCUGCUGGACCUUCAGGACUCGCGGCCGUGGGGGAGGGUCUGCUUUCCGCCUGGGCCUCGAGCUGGGGCCAGAGGCUGGGAGGAGGCCGCGUUGAGUGGGAAGCCCAGGCCCCGGGACUGGGGUCUUUCCUUUAUCACCUUCAUCUGCUAUGUGGUAUCCUCAGCGUCUGCCUUCCUCACAGUGCCUCUGCUGGAGUUUCUGCUGGCCCUCUACUUCCUCUUUGCUGAUGCCAUGCAGCUGAACGAUAAGUGGCAGGGCUUGUGCUGGCCCAUGAUGGACUUCCUGCGCUGUGUCACCGCUGCCCUGAUCUACUUCGUCAUUUCCAUCACAGCCGUCGCCAAAUACUCAGAUGGGGCUUACAAAGCAGCUGGGGUUUUUGGCUUCUUCGCCACCAUCGUGUUUGCAAUUGACUUCUACCUGAUCUUUAACAACGUGGCUAAAUUCCUCAAACAAGGAGACACCACAGAGGAGAACACAGCCCAGAGGGCAGAAGAGGAGAAUUCCGACUCUGACUCUGACUGAAGGCCUGCCCAUGCCAGCAACCUGAACCACACAGGACCUUCAGGCCAGCACCUGCCUGACAUGCUGAGGAAGCAUGUCCAGGGGAAGCUAUGUGUCAGGAGGAAGACUGCCCAAUGGCCCUCCCCACUGCCUCAAGUUUACACUCCUGAGCCCAGCACAUGAGACUGCACUCCUUGGCUUAGUGCUGUUGAACCACUCCACAAGUGAGGGCAUCUUGAAUAUUCCACCUCUUCCCAUUCCUGUCUGCAUACCUUAAGCCCUUCAACCUCAAUACUAAAGACAAGCACAAAGAGACGCAGCAGACAGAGCUGUGUUACUGCCUGCCACAGCAGUCAGCUCCGGCUGCAGGGCUGAGUCAGGGCGGGAGGGGGAUGGCCUGUUUCAGCUAACAGAUGUGAACAGAGACAGAACCACUGCAGGCCAGCCCACCAGGGCCCCGUGGCCUUUGCAUGGAGUGCCCCUGCUCACACAGCACUUUGGUAAGGAAUCUUUUGUUCAAGGAGCACAAGUUCCUUCCUCAUUGUGAAACAGGAAGGAAACUGACCUUGGCCUUACUGUCCAGGAGUGGAUGACACCCACCCAGCACUUCACACUUGGAAACAUCUUCAGGUGAGAUAACUGUUCCAAGUCUAACCCUGUUUCAGACAGGAGCUCACAGAUGCACAGAUCAGGGCAACACAGAGGAAACCCAUUGAUCCAUGGCAGUGACCAUGUCAUGGGCAGCUGGGCAGGCCCAGCCAAACCUUUCUGGUGACAAAUGUUCUCAUCAUCCUUCCUUCUGGAUACUGGGGCAGGUCUACUGACCACCUCAUGAGAGAUGAGCCCUCUGUAUUUGCCUAAGGAUUUUUUAGUGUUAUAUAUCUUUGAUGGCAUUUUGUACCUUUUUAUAAUUUUUUAUACAAAAGCAGCUUUAACAAAUGGCAUUUUCUGUGAGGCAAGAGGCCUCAUGAAUGAGCCAAAGUUCUGACCCAUGUCUUGGGCACUUAUAACCUUAUUCUUCUCAUGCAUGUGAAUCUCCUAACCUGAAAAAAAAGCGUUUAAUGGAUUAAACCAGACUGACUACCUGCUUGCAGUGUGAUUGAAAAACUCUUCCACCACCCAGAGCAACAGUGUACAAUAUCCUAGCAUGCUUCAGCACAAACUGGUAACACACGAGUGAACCCUUACAGCUAUAGGUCUUAGCAACAAGGCAUGCAUAUUCACUCAUAUGCCAGGCCUAGCAUAAGAAUCUGGCCAGCAUUUGAUCCUCUUAUUUCAUCUCAUAGUCAAGUAAAUGGAGAGAAAGGGUAGGACUCUGGCCCAGGGCCCUAUCACACAUCAGGAUAACCUCCCACAGCAGCCAGACCCUAGGCAUUUUGAACAAGGUACCUGAGUUGCAGCCUGGAGGACCCUGGUGAGUGUCUGGCCCAGGCUGAUGGGAAGAGGCAACUGUCACACACAAAGUGUCCUGAAAAUGUGAUACAAGUAGAAUGGGAAGAAGCCGACAGAGGUCCCUGGUGGAGUUUCUGCUUCGCCUUGCCAGUCCAGCAGAGCUGGUAUCACAGAGGCCAUUGCAUCCUGUGGACUGGGUCUCUGUUCCACCUCCACUGAGCAAGACCAUUUCAGAAGCUGGGUCCACAGCCUUUUGGGGGGUAGGGGCAGCAAGGCAGAGAGAAGAGACAAUAGCAUUUUUAUAUGUUCAUUUAUUAAACAAGAACUCCUUCAUGACAAUUUAAUACAAUAUUUAUUAGCGAUUAGUGUUGAGAAAAUUAUUUCCCUCUACAUAUAAAAAUACAGAUUUGAACAAUGAAAACAAUCAAGACAAGUACCAUGAAAAAUUGGUCCUUCAAAAGAAGUAAAGGGGGAAGAUCUAGGGUAAUGUUAGGCUUUGUAUGCUGUCAGGAACAAAUCAACAGAAGCAAAUGCUUUGGGGCCCACAAACCACAUCAAAUGUGUAGGAACAAACCCAAGAGCCAGUCAGAGCCACAGGAGGCUCACCCCGCAGCACCCAUGUCUACUUGAGAGGCCAGGAUAGAACUCUGUCCCAAACAGCACAAACCAACAUUUGUCCAGUGGCCAUCACCUCAGAACGCCCCACAGCUGUGUCCAUAAACUGCCAAAAAUACUUUCCACAAGCAAAGUGGGGCAAUUAACAUUGCCCCCCAAAAGUGCCACUAGCUGAAGUACCGAUGAAUGAUCUGUUGGAAAGUUAUUAUUUAGCUUUUGACUGGACUUCCGUCAUUAUAGAAUUACAUGUUUUGAAUCUUCAGAAGGACAAAAAAAAUAAAGCUACAAUUUCAUGUUUCAGUAAA